AUGCCGAUCCCUACCAAAAAGAGCAAGCCUCACUGCUAUGCCGAUUCGCCCUUCAUGGAUGCGAUCACGCUAGCCGACAUGCCCUACAAAUUCACUAUCCCUAGCAUGAAGCCUUAUGACGGCACAACCGACCCAGAUGAUCACAUAGCCUCGUACAAGCAGCAAAUAUUCACCGUCUUGAUACCUCGAAUGCUAAGGGAAGCCUGCAUGUGUAAGAGUUUCUGUUCAAGCUUAUCUGGUCCAGCUCUUCAGUGGUACACCAACCUCCCAAACGGUUCUAUCGACUCAUUUGCACAGCUCACCGACAUCUUUGUGGAGCAUUUCGCCAGCAGCAAGAAACUUGAGAAACUAUCAACCGACCUGUAUAGAGUAUACCAGAGAAGGGGGGAGCCGCUGAGAGAGUACAUUAGCAGAUUCAACAAAGAAAAAAUUUACAUCGCUUCUUGUAACCCCGAGACAACCGUAGACGCCUUCAAGAAGGGUCUCCUCCCGGAUGGUAAAUUGUGCAAAGAACUGACGAAGCUCGAUUGCACCACGAUGGAAGACGCCUUGGCGAGAGCAGUGAUUCAAAUAAGGUGGGAGGAAGAUGAGAUGAAUUGGGUAAGUCAUGCUAGGUAUGACUCGAGGCGGAAUGAUAAAAGGCCAAAGUUUAGAUCGAUUGAACCCCAUCACAAACCCUCUCCACGUAACCUAAACAAAAUCAGAAAAUCAUAUGACUGCUAG